GCCGCGGGAACUGGGACUACGCGCUGCUUGGCAAGCGCUCGCUGGGUUGCCUCAAGGGCCAGAUACCUUUCGAGGUCCGCUUGAAGCUGUUCGAGUCGUGCAUGAAGGGGCCCAUGCUGGUUUCCGGCCUGGUGUCCAUCCUGAUCAAGACGCUGCUGCCUGGGCUCCUGUCGCUGUGGCGGAUGUGCGCGGACCGCAACUACCCGUCGUGCCCCAACUGCAUGUGCCGGUGCCGCCGCCGCAGGACUCGAUGGGGCCGCUGCCUGAUGGUGCCGGCCAACUUCGUGCUGAGCGUGUGCCUGCUCAUCUUCCAGGC